GCAGCACAUUUUCCACUCCCACGGCAGUUAAGCUUAGCCAGCUGUGUGUGCAGAGGUGUAGCCACAUAAGAGGACGACAAUGUUCAGGAAAAUAUGAAGCUUCUUCUAUUUAUAGACUUCUUGUCGCCAAUCAAACAGAGCGCGGCUGCAACGCUGCCCAACCAGCUGUGCGUGCAGAGGAGGAAGCCCGCUUUCGUUUUCUUACAAGAGAGGCGAGGACGUGAUUGAGGUGCUCGGCCACUUCUGUAGUUUAGAAAGAACAGAAACAAAGUUCUGCAGACGGACUUUGGGUGUUUGAAGGGGAGCUGAUGGAGUUUGCUGAGCACAUCAAGACGGCCAAUGUGGAGGAUGUUGUGCUCCGACAGCCGCUGCAACCCCCGAGCAGAGGAACCCUGUGCAUCACCGGCCACCACCUGCUCUUCUCGGACAGGGAGGAGAGUGACUCCCGGCAGGUUUUAUUGCUCCUUAGGAACAUCGAUGCCAUUGAGAAAAGUGUGGAAAACCUUACGGGCUAUUCCGGCUUCUUCUCUAAUGCAAGCCACAGUGAAAGGAUGUCUGGUUCAUCUGGAACAAUUACGAUGAAGUGUAAAGAUCUGCGUGUGCUCCAGCUUGACAUCCCAGGCAUGGAACAGUGUCUCAACAUUGCACAGUCUAUCGAGACACUGUCCUGUCUGGACUGCGUGUCCGCAAUGUACCCUUUCUUUUACCGACCUGUUGAUCUCAGCCUGCCGGAGCAGUGGGGUCUCUCAUCUCCUGAAAUGCACUACAGUCAGAUGAAGGAACUUUAUGAGAAGUGGAGACUGAGCACCGUGAACAGAGAUUACUCGGUUUGUCCCUCCUACCCUCCGGCAGUCAUCGUCCCAAAAAGCAUAGACGACGACACACUGAAAAAAGCAGCCAAAUUCAGACAGGGAGGACGUUUCCCUGUUCUCUGCUACUACCACAAGAAGAACGGCAUGGUCAUCAUGCGCAGCAGUCAGCCGCUGCUAGGAGCCAAUAGGAAGCGCUGCAAGGAAGAUGAGCUGCUCCUCCAGGCUGUGAUUGAGGGUUCGGACAAAGGCUACAUAAUUGACACUCGCUCCAUGCAGCAGGCUCAACAGGCCAGGAUGACAGGUGGAGGGUUUGAGUCGAAAUCGUUCUACGACCGCUGGAAGAGAUUUCACAGACAGAUGGAAAGGGGUAAAGCUCUCCAGGAGAGCCUAAUUAAACUGGUGGAGGCUUGUGGUGAUGAGUCCAACAACAUGGACCGCUGGCUCAGUAAGCUGGAGAAUUCAAAGUGGCUGUCGCACGUCCAAAAUGCUCUUUCUACUGCCGGCCUGCUGGUGGAGUGUGUGGAGAGGGAUGGCCAUUCUGUUCUUGUUCACGGCUCUGAAGGGACAGACUGCUCUUUGCUCAUCAGCACUCUGGCUCAGCUCAUCAUGGAUCCAUGCUGCCGCACAGUGGAGGGCUUCUUGGGACUGCUGGAGAGAGAGUGGAUACAGGCAGGACACCCGUUCCAGCAGCGAUGCGCUCACUCAGCUUACUCCCAUGCUCGUCUCCAGCAGGAGUCUCCGGUGUUCCUGCUGCUGCUGGACUGCGUGUGGCAGCUUUGGCGGCAGUUCCCCUUGGCUCUGGGCUUCUCUGAGGCGCUGCUCCUGCGACUGGCGACUGAAGUUUAUGCCUCGGAUUAUGGCACCUUUCUGUGUAACAGUGAUCAGGAAAGGUGUGCCUUGGAAGUAAAGGAAAGGACUCACUGCUUGUUCCGGGCUCUGCUAAGGCCCACGGAGAGGGAUUACUACUCUAACCCCCUGUAUGAACGCACUGAGCUAGCAAUCUGGCCCUCAGUUCAUCCUCAGUCCCUGCAGCUCUGGAAAGGCUAUUUUUUGAGGUGGACCCAGCAGGUUCGUCACCUUGAAGAGGCUCAGGAGGAAAUCAGGAACAUGGUCAUUGAGUGGGGGAAGUUAGCACGCAGCUGAUGCCUCGUUCGUGUGAAUGAGGUGGGAUCACAUGGUUCCAAGGAGUUAAAACAAAAUACCUGAUUUUGAUUUGACCUGUCGCCUUCAAGGUUGCCCGCUGGGCACUUCUGGACUGUUUUCGCCCUGGCUGAAACUUGUAGAUCACUCUGAACCUGGAAGUCCCAUUCUUAUUGCACACCAUGGAUUUAAAAACGUCUAUGCCAGUAUGAUCCAGCUUUUAUUAAAGAUACUUACCUGUGAAGAGGACAGUGUACCAGACCAAACAGCAGACUCCACAGUGUUCCAGUCAGGUGAGGAGUGUGAGUGCGUUGAAAAGGCAAGACGAUCUUCAUGUUCCUCCCUUAGAAUGAUAUUCAAGUUGUAGGCUCACGAUUUUAGAUGUGUUCCAACACGCAUCACAUUCAGAAAUGUGCAGGGGGCAGAAGAAUUCGAUGAGGAUUAGACUGACUUGGACAAAACCGUUAGAUUUUGGAUACAUGUCUAAAUUCACCUGUUUCACAAAGCUGUGGAUACCCAUUGUUAGAGAUGUUAAGCAGGAAAAUGGCACACUGAAUUGUAACUAAAAUGUUUUUCAAAGAAGGAAAAAUCACCAACAGUGAAGCUGUCCAACCACUCAGCUCUGUUUACCGCAGUGGAAAAUCUUAGUCUUUUUGAAGACGUGUGAAGACUUGCCUUCAAAACGGCAGUAAAGACGUAACAGUAUAGAGUAUAUGAAGUGUCCCUCCUACCUCAGUCAGACUCAGACCAGUUUAGCAGAACAAACAGAAAUGGCUGGCGUCCUCGAUGCUUUAUAUUUAGACAGGAUCUUAAAACCGCAGCGGUCCGGAGGUGACACAAACUUGAGAGAAAGAUCAGCUAAAUUUAAAUUAGGUGCUUUUUAUUGACAGAGUUGCAGAACUUUGUGAUCCUACCUUGUGUGAAUUAGAGAAGAUGAACCUGAUGAAUGUUAACAAUAUGCAAUGCCUAAUGUGUUUUAAUGUACAGUAUUUUUUACACUUGCAUAAAAGUUUUCUUACAAAAAA